AUGUAUACACAGACAUAUCCAAAUGUUGAUCAUCCACCAACAGCCGUAUUUCUUGAGCUACACACGCCACAGCUUCGGUUUGUCUGCGAUUUUUUUAUCCCUGCCUCUUCUUCGUCUUGUUCUUCGUUUUGUUCACUUCUCCUUCUUACACAAUUGAAACUUUUUCACUUUUCUCAAAACGCGCCACACCACCACUACCCAUCGUCAUCAGGCUACAAUUCCAAAGACUGGUGUUCGCCACUGCAUGCGCUGCCCGCCGCUGCCGCCACUGUUGGCGCAGGCAGCACAAUCGUAGAUGCCCCGCUGCCCAUUAUGUCACCGAAUCCCUACCUGCUCAGUCGCUUCACUUCCAACAUCCCCAUGCCGACGCUUUAUGCAGGUGAUGCGGUGCGCAAACCGAAGCUCUCCGUCAUCGAGGUGUUGCUCUACAAUAUGGCAGCGCUGUUGGCUGGCGUUGCCGCUGGCUAUGAUGUACGCAUCUCAAAUGUGUCGCCAGUGCAUCCGUCGCUGCUCAGCGAUGUGCCCGCAUUAAAGGCGCCCAUGGAAAUGGAGUUUCCGAAUGUUUUGGAUGACCGCAGCCGCUUUGCCGCCAACACUUAUCAUGGCACCAGCAAGCAUAAUCGCGCUACACUGAAUGCCGCCACUUUCGCCCGUCUGGAGGAACAGCGCGCUUCCCUGCAUCAAAGUCCGCGCGGUUCGCCGAAAGCGCAUGCGACAUCAACCUAUUACUUCCAAAAGCUUGCGCUGCCUCAAGCGGCAGUCGAAGUCGGUAACAAACUAACGCAGCAACAACAGCAAAAGCAAACGCUACAGCAUCAGCAACUGCCAUUGACUGGCUCUACUACCAGCGGCUUAGGCUCGAAUUUCACCAAUAACACCUCGGCACUGCUUUCGUCAUCGUUGGGUAGCCAUACGCAGCCGCCAACGCCCUCGCCGCGCCGAAAAAUUAGCACCUCUUCGUUUACAGAGCAGCUCGAGUAUUCAAUGCAUGACGAGACUCCACUAACGCGGCCCUUUGACGAUGAUUUUCACAUUGGCGGCGGCAUGGCACCACCCACAACACACUACACGCGUGCCGACUACCUGCGUCAUGGACCUAGCUUCUCCAACGAUGGCGGCGCCUAUGGCGCAGGUGUGCACCGUGCAGACUACUUCGGUUCCAACUACUUUCCAUAUCGGCCAGAGGUACAGUUGGCGUAUCAGCGCGAUUGCAAAUCUUAUCCCGACUACUCUUACGACUACAAUCACCGUCUACCUAAUUACUACGACUACAACUACGAUUCACAGCACAACAAGCAACAGCAAGCAACCCCAAAGCAUCAGCAGGCGCAGCAGCACUACCAAACGCGCACACCGCCGCCGCGCGUUCCCCAAAUGGGGGUCAGCGCUGCUGGCCAUCGGCGCACACCCUCGACUAUCUCAAGUAGCUCGAAUAUCAACCAAGGAUUCUCUUUUGAUCACGAAGAGUUGCAUACCGCCGAUUUGUAUGAUUACAAUAAUCUGAAUUUACAAUUGAAUAUAAAUGUAGGAGCCGGUGGCGCAAAUGUAGGCAGCGCUCCAGAUUAUGCGCAUUAUCGUGAACUGCCAACCCUACCGUCUGCACCAAUCGGCGUAGUACCGCCGCCUAGCAAGCACGAGCUCUACAAGAGCUCGCCUAAGAUGACGCAACGCUUGAAGCGCGGCCCAAGCGGCAGCAUGGGUGGCGAUACAGGGGGCGGUUUGAAUCGCAUGCGCGACUAUGAAAAUGUGCCCGCAUACAUUGGCAGUCCACUGCUUAGACCCAAGUUUCACAACACAUUGACGCAGCAACAGCACCUACAACAGCUACAACGCGAGCGCGAACAGCAGCACCAGUCGCUCUUUAGUACUCCGCAGCACAGUCUUUACACGCACACAGCUCACGCGCAGAUGGCGCCAGUUAGUCCGAUGCACAUAAAACCGCUGGGCGUGCAGGAGCGACCGGCUUCACUACCUUUUGAGCAGACAAUAACAACGACACUGGGAGUUAACGGCAACGGGGCGAACAAACUGCGUUCAUCGCUGAAAAAAUACAAUUACAAGACGCCAAACGGCACUGCCACGGCCAACACAACAGGGAAUGCUCCCGAUAUAGGCGUCAACACAGGCAGCGGCAGCGCCAAACGCCCAGGCAGCAUUUCUUCACAGCAGGGCACGCCCACCAACCCGACGCCACCUGAUUCACUUACCAGUGACGACAGCUCGUAUCUGAGUGCCAAAGAGGGUUCCAUUUCGUCGCAACACAGUCGUGUGCGUUUCAGCCCUGAAGCGUUUCUAGACGCCAGCAGCGGUAAUGGAAGCCUCAAUAACAGCAAUAGUAACAAUGGUGGCGGCGGUAGCGCGAGUGGCUACAUUAAUCAAUCGACAAUAUCGCUCUUCAAUCGACGCGUAUCACGACGCCACACCAGCGACAUGUCCGCUACCACGCCACCCUCCUCCUAGCAGGGCAGCGCUGCACAUUUUCCAAUCACUGCACUGCAACUGGCGCGCAGUCCUGGCGCGUUGGUCGGCAGUUCUUUGUCAUUGAAUUCGCCACAACAGCAACAAAUGUCCGCCUCGGCGCAACACUCAAUGCAACAGCUGCCGUAUCGGUGGUACUCCGGCGCACGACGUUCUCGUUCCGCGCAUUACGAGUACAGAUUGUAAGAGAACGAAUUGGUGGAUGUCAGAGCUCAAAAAAAUAUUUGAAAAGAAAUAAGAAAGGGGAGAAGACAGCAGUUAUGGAGGGCACAAAUUGGUUAGCUUCGGUUAGCUGUCAAAAUAAGUAAUUUAUGCCACUUCUAAACGAAAGCUUGAAUUAAGCGGAAAUUCCGGAACUUCCCCGCUCCGCUUGUCUACAGUUAAGUAUUGUAAAGUGCCGCUUUAGCGUUUCUAGGGCAACAACUGUAAAAUUUUCGGUUUCCACUUUCUACAUAAAUAAUCACAACAUUUUCGCAUUCAACCAAAGCGAAUGUACAGAAAAUCUUAGCGAACAGUGUAUGGUACAGGAUUUUCAGUCUUAACUACCUUUCAAUACGAAGUAGUAUUCAAAUAGCCUUACAACAUAGAACAACAUACAUAUAUAAAUACGUCUGAGUACAGUUAUUAACAUCGCAGAUGCACUUUUUCAUUUCACCAGCUGGCAGGAAAAGCUUACCUUGCAAGCAACAUCGCAGUAACCGCUUUUUUGGUAAAUUCUUAAGCAAAUUGAAUUGAAUCAGAGCUCAGCGACAUUUCGAGCACUCUAAGAGGCUGCAUCGGCCUCACUACAAGCAACUAUUUAGGGAACAUAGUAUUGGUUUACUAUUGGCAUCCAUAAUAAGCAAUGCGCUGAAUUUAAAAUUAAAAAUAAUCUGCUGAAAGGCGAGAAGAAAAUUGCGCUGAAAUUUACAGCUCAUAAGAAUACUUUAAAAGCUAGUGCAAGAUUUUCAAGCAAAUCUUUAGUAAAUUUAUAAUCAUACUUGUAAAUAUAAGGCGCUGAAUUGUAGCUAAGUGCGCUUAAGAAAGCUGAAUAGUGUUGAAAUGGAAUUUUUAUGUAAAUAUAAAAGACAAUGCGAAAAAUAGUGCUCCAAAGCAGAAGCUGAAUUGCGCUGAAUGCAGCGUUGAUUAUAAUGCCAAUUAAGCAAGAAUAUGGGCAGUCUAAGCUAGAAACAACUGGCUGAUUAAGGCACUGACACGCUGAAUACUUUAAAGUAACGCUGAAUAGCGAUCAAAAGCGCUAAUGCCGAUGAAAUGUGCUGAAUGGCAGUCAUAUGCGCCAAAUUAAAGUAAGUAGCAACAAAAGUCUAAUGUGAAUAAUAAAAAUUUGAGAAAAUAGCAUACGAAGCAAUUUCCACAAGCAAAUGGAUUAACUUCAAUAGUAAAAAUCGAAUUAAACGAUGUUUCAACGGCUCAGUACUCCAAAUAUGCCAAUCUAUCCCUAAUCACUUCAUUAGUUUUACCAAAUAAUUACAUAGCAAUUAAUAGCAAAAAUACAUAAUAAACGCUAAGCUUUUGUACAUGCGAACAUACAUAGAAAGAUUGAUACUAACCAGAAAGUAUUUGAAUUUUUUUAUUUUAAAAAGCAAAUCAAUGCUUAUAAGUUUGGUCAUUGGAACCCCCAAAAAAAAUCUCAAAAAUGGACUCAUAGCGGCUUACCAAUAAGAGAACGUAAAGUCGACUAUAAAAUUUUAUGUAAUUGAUGCCUUAACAAGAAAAUUAAAAAAAUGUAAAACUUAAACAACAAAAAAUCAUAACAAAAUAUGUGUAUUUAUUUUGGAAUUAAAAAACGAUAAUAUUGCUAUAAUCCAUACAAAAACAACAAAAAACGAAAUUCCCUGAUUCAUAUGUAUUCUUUGGGACGUUUGCAUUUGAAUUUGAAUUUAGAAAUUUAGAAAUUUGGAAAUUAAGAAUUUGUAAGUUCUUCUUCAUCUUUAUAUACUCAGAAGAAGAAUAAGGUGCAUAAAUUUAAGGCUGAUGUAAUUUCAUAAGUGUAUGUAUAUGUAUGCAUUACUGUUAUGCAAACAAUAGACAAGCGAACCAGCAAGGCAAACAAGUAUGUUCAUGAAUUUAUAUUAGAAAACUUGAAAAAAUACAAUCAAGCGUACCUAGUACAGUCAACACUCGGUAGCUUGAACACUAAUUUGGCACAUAAUAAAACGAAAUACUAGAAAAAAGAGGAUAAACAUUUUUAAUUUGGCGUGAGAAAAUAAAUUUUGUUUUUCAUUUGAAUGAAGUUCGAGUUAUCGGUGCCUGACUGUACUUUCAAAAUUAUAGCAUAAGAGAGCUUGAAUUGCUGCUGCUUUCUUGAGCGAACAAGGAAAUGCUUCGGCGUUUUUCUAUACAUUCCAAUAUUAAUAUUAGCUCAUAAAAUACCGUUAGCGAUAGUUUACGCUUGAAUAGGCUACAGUUUUCUGUAAUCAAUGAGGAAUGAAGGUCGGAAAUUUAUCAAAAUUUUAAUGUUUUAUUAAUCAUACAGUACUUGGCCUCCAAAUGUGCGAGAUAUUUGGUCAGUAAAAGUUUAAAAAAUUAUUUUUUUCACAAGAAAGGUAAAAGCUAACAAUAAUAUGGUUCGUCGCAUUUUCCUAAAGCAACAAAAGUAUUUAUUACAUAAAAAAUAAACUCCCGUUAAAAAUAAUACAGAAAUAAAUAAGGAAGCACAUAAAUAAGAUGCUUAAGGGGUCCCGGUGGUCUAAAUCUCGGAAAUUUAGGGUAUUUUCAGAAUUUUUUUUUACAAUAAAAAAAUUAAAAACGAUAUUUAAAUUUUUUAGGCUUUUUAUUUAACUUCUUUUACAUACAAAAAUGAAAACAAAGUAUUUUUUUAAUUUUAAUAAUUUAAAAAAUGGCGCUGAAGUUGACCCUCCCGAAAAAUUGGACCUGGAUGGUGUUAUACAUUUUGACUCUUCUAUUUAUCUGAAACUCAAAAACCAAAAAAAUUAUUAACCAGUAUGACUGUAGAAAAAAAAAUGGAACGAAAUGGCGCGGUUUUGAAUUUGACACUCUAAAAAUCGUUUUUUCCAGUUUUUUAAUAAAAAAAUACGAAAUAAUUGAAAUAAUAAUAUGAUUCUAGUUCGGGCGAUAACCAUUGAUGUUGUGAAAAACAUAUUAAAAUUUCAGACGAUUCGGUUGAAUAGUUUUCUUUUCGUUUUUUGAAAACACGUGGCCGAAAAAAUUCGUUUCGAGAUAAAUGAGUUUAAAGUUUGAGGCGCAGAAGCACGCGGGCCGCUCUCUGCCUAGUUAAUGGGCUGUAGAAGCUAUAAUAUUGGGAAUUUCUGCAUGAAAAUUUCACAGUAUAUUCUUAAGAUACUAUGCUUUCGAAAUAUUGAAAAAACAAAAAAUCGAUUUUUUGAAAUUUCUAGAACACCGGGUCCCCGUAAGAACGAAGCGAAACUCACAAUCGAUGAAAGAAAAAUUGUGCACGCCACUGACUGAAAAGACUGCGGAAGUGAGUGAAAAGGAGCAGUAUUUUGCGCUGCUUGAAAUUUGAAACAGCCGACUAAGGCACGAAAAAAACUUGCUGGUAAUUGAAAAAUUCAAUUAAUCAUUAACAGCGCGCGAGUUUAGAAAUGACUGCAAUACGAGCGCGAUGGAGGGGUAAGCACUAAACGAAGGUCACUUGCAGCCGGGCCACAGUGGGGCUCCUGAAUACCUGAGUCAUCCGAUAUCCCGCCCGAAUAUCGAAACAAAAUUAUUUACGUGCUUGCGAAUGAAAAAGGGGCGUACAAAGUAUAAGUCGCUUACGCUCUAGUUGCAAGAAAAACUCGCAAGCAGUCCAAAUAUUUGCAUUAUUAUUAAAACGCAUGGAUUGGUAUACGCGAGCGAAAAUGAAGCGCGGGUAAAGAAGGUCGCAUACACUUUAAAAGCCUACGAGACCAACAGGCAGCGUUAAAAACAACGUGGAUUCGAAGCAUUGCGCGCGCGAGUCUUUGGAGCAAUAAAACGCGCGCUGUUGCAUGGAGUUAAAUUCCUCCAUUCCUAUCAUACCACUUAUUUACAUAUAUAUAUACAAAAAUUAAUAAACUGAAGUUUGCAUUUUUAAAAACCGCGCUUCCUUUCGCUAGUUUCCUUCUUGCUAAGAAAAAACUAAUUUCUAAGUGAAAGUUGUUUUACAGUCAGCCUUGGAAUGCAUUCAUUCAAAUUAGUUGUGAAGGGCUUGCAUACACACACACACACUCGUGAUUGUGUGCGUGUAUUAUUUCAUAUGUAUUAGCUAUACUUGUACUAAUGUAAUUAUAUAAAUAUUUUGCCAAAAACAAUUAAAAAAAAUGAUUAUGUAUAUCACGUUAUUUUAUAAGAUCGCUUCUUAUGCUUAGCCAAUUGUUAAUUGAACAGCAAUUACAUAUAUAUACUCGUAUACGGAUGUAUGUGUUAAUGGGCGUUUCUUUUACUCAUAACCACAUAUACGUAUACAAAGCAUGCAUAAACACACCCACAUACACAUACAUACCUAUAACACAAAUAUACAUAGCUAAUUGAAAGUAUAAACCAAUUCAAAAUGUUUGUAAGCUUAUAACCGCAAUUUCAUGCAGAAAGCGUUGGAAAUUGUUUUAUUAAAAGAUUUUUAAACAAAAUGCAAAAUUGUCCAGCCUACAGUUAUACACAAUUGUAAUGAAACAAAUGACACGCAGAUUAUUUGCAUGCAUGGAAAAUAGCAGUGCAAACGGUACUCUAGACGAGUACAUCUGUAAACCGUUAUAUGUUAUGGUAUUUAUAACCGCUCAAUUGAUCUAGUCCUCUCUUUUGUCAUAAUGUUGUUGCAUUUUAUAAAUAUUUUUUUUUACCGUUUUUAUAGUUUUUUUCAUUUGCUCGUUUAACUAAGUUGGACGCGCUUUUAGCUUUUAAUGAUUCUGAAAUUUACUGUACAAAAAAUCUGCGACUAACAAAUAUUGUAUUUUGCACUUUUAGUUGUAGCUCUUUUUCCAAAAGG